AUGAACCAUUUUCCCGACUUGCUCGCCAACAUUGGCGAGGAGGUGUUGGAUGUCGAAGAGGAAGCAUUCCUUCUCUUCGCCCAGGAUGUCCCAAGUAAUAAUCUGGGCAUGAUCGAUCCUCGUGCCCCGUCUGUGGAGAUCUCUAUCAAUGACAAGGAAUACACCAUCCAUCAAUCACCCUCAUUGCUCUCCUCGCAUCGAGCGGGAGGAACCACAGGUGCCGUCCUAUGGAAAAUCACCCCCCUCUUCGCAGAAUGGAUCACCAGUCCCAAAAAUCCCCUCUGGACACACGAUAUCCUCAACCGCUCCUCAACUGUCACCGAGCUAGGCACCGGUAUCUCAGCGCUGGUCGCUCUCACCCUCGCCCCGGCGGUACACCACUACAUCGCAACUGACCAAGAAUACGUGCAAAAACUCUUCCGCACGAAUCUCGACGCCAACAGCUCCACUUCUACUUCCCCCGCAACCUCUAACUCUAAGAAAUCUAAAAGUAAAGGCUCAAAAGCCAAGCCCAAGCCCGCCCCCGUGACUAACAUCUCUUUCACAACGCUCGAUUGGGAGACUGAUCAAGCUGGCUUGUUGAAAGAAGAGUGCAUGGAUUCAAUCGAUGAAGACAAGGGCUUUGAUCUCAUUCUCUCGUGUGAUUGUAUUUAUAACGAGGCGCUGGUUGCGCCGUUCGUGCGCACCUGCGCGGAGAUUUGUCGACUCAGACCGACGUAUCCUGAGGGUACGGACUCGCGUAAACCGACGGUUUGUAUCAUUGCGCAGCAGCAAAGAUCGCCGGAUGUGUUUGAGACGUGGCUGAGGGAGACAAUGCGAGACUUCCGAGUUUGGAGGCUCAGUGAUGAGGUGCUUGGGGAUGGAUUGAGGAGUGGGUCGGGGUAUUUGGUACAUUUCCUUUUGGUCAAAUGA